AUGGCGAAUAACCAAGUUAUGGAUGCAGAAUAUGAAUUUCCAGGUAUAGAUAAUUCAAAAAGCUAUUUGUAUGAUGAGUUGUGGAAGCUAUCUGCUGGACCUUUGUUUGAUCUUCCAAAAUUUGGAGAAAAAGUUUAUUACUUUCCGCAGGGACACAUUGAACAUGUUGAAGCACAUACAAAAGAUGAAUUAUCUCAACUGAGACCAAUUUUUGAUAUUCCUUCGAAAAUUGGAUGCAAUGUUAUGGACAUUCAACUUAAGGUGGAGAACGAGACAGAUGAGAUUUUUGCAAAAAUUGCUUUGUUACCAGAUACAGCUGAAGUUGAAAUCCCUAUUUCUAAUGUCAAUCAUGAAAGGAGAAAAGUUAGUUCUUUCAUAAAAGUUUUAACUGCUUCUGAUACUAGCACACACGGCGGAUUAUCUGUAAUAAAAAGACAUGCUGUCGAGUGUCUUCCCCCAUUGGAUAUGUCUCAGCCGACACCAAGUCAAGAAAUAGUUGCUAAAGAUCUUCAUGGUUGUGAAUGGAGAUUUAAACAUGUCUUUAGAGGCUCUCCAUUGAGGCAUAUUUUCACAACUGGUUGGAGUGCGUUCGCGACAUCGAAAAGAUUGGUCACUGGUGACUCUUUUAUAUUCCUUAGAGGAGAGAAUGGAGAGUCACGAGUUGGAAUCAGAAGAGCAGUUCAUCAACAACGCAGUAUACCUUUAUCGAUAAUUUCAAAAGAGAUUAUGCACCAUGGAAUAACUGCUUCGACAAUGAAUGCUAUUAAUACUAAAUCUAUGUUCAUUGUAUAUUGUAAGCCAAGGUCGAGCCAAUUCGUCGUCAAUUUCGACAAAGUUGUAGAUGCAGUGAACAAUAAAUUUUAUGUAGGUUCAAGAUUUACGAUGCAGUUUGAAGAUUAUGAUUUUACAAUUAUAAGAUAUUCUGGAACAGUAAUUGGCAAGAAAGAUUUAUGCUCUCAUUGGCAGGAUUCAGAAUGGCGAUGCCUAGAAGUGCAAUGGGAUGAGCCUGCAUUAAUUCCAAGACCAAAUAAGGUUUCACCAUGGGAAAUCGAGCAUAUGGGAUCUUUAUCAAACGUUCACCAGUCAGCUUUGCUCAAAAACAAACGUUCACGCAAAGCUAAAGAAACCAGUUCAAAUCUGUGGAAUCCUACAUUGACUCAAGGCCAAGAAAUUGGACAGUCAAGCACGAAUUUUUUGAUGACUGUUCCUCAGCUUAGUUAUUGUGACGCAACUGAUGAUUCAAAAAUUCCAUCUGGUUUGGCGAUCAGCUACUCAGUCCCUACCAUGUCCAAAACAAACUAUAACAACCAAAUGGUUAUGUCAAUGAAAGAAAAGAUGACAACUGCUGCCACCACUGCUAAUAACAGAUUGUUUGGAGUUGAUCUGACGUCUCCAAAAGAAAUAGAAGAUCCUAUGAGACAGACUGAGGAAAACAAUUGUGACCAAAUCCGAACCCAGACAUCGCCAAAAGAAAUCCAAAGCAAGUCUACUAGAAGCCGAACCAAGGUUCAGAUGCAAGGUGUAGCCAUAGGAAGAGCUGUGGAUUUAACUAUUCUUGAUGGAUACAAUCAGUUGAUCGACGAACUGGAGAAACUCUUUGAUCUCAAAGACGAGCUGCGUACACGCAAUCAAUGGGAAAUAAUUUUCACUGAUGAUGAGGGAGAUAUGAUGCUUGUUGGAGAUGAUCCAUGGCCUGAGUUUUGCAACAUGGUAAAGAAAAUGUUUAUAUGCUCAAAAGAGGAGGUCAAGAUCAUGAAAUCAGGAAAGAAAUUCUUGGAAGGUGAUUCAGCCUUAACCGCAGCAAUGUUAACAUGUUCUGAUGUAACACCUGACGUCAAAACAGGUAAUAACCUCUCUAAUUAA